AUGUUUAGUCAUUUCACUGACACAUUCACUUUUUUCUCGUUUCUUUUCAUGAAAACGCAUUGUGAUCCCCGAAUUCGUGGCUGUGUCCUUCGUGCUUACAUUCGACAGCGAAAGCAUCCGUCAUGGACAAGCUAUUUCGUGAGAUAUAGAGACAUCCAGGAUGACAAUUUUGGCGAUAAACACUUCAAUUUCGACGUCGAUGGGCACAAUUAUCAUAUCUUAAGAACCGGUGCCUAUCCAUACAUCAAAUAUCAUUGCACGAAGAGGCCAAACGAAGAUUUAACAAAAGAGAACAAUUUCUAUCGAUUAAUCACGAUCAUUAAUCUGGGAUUGCCGUGUUUUUUGUACGGCCUGGCGGCCGUGGCUCUAAUACGGCACAAAGAGCGCGUCGAUUUUGUGAGAGAAAACGGUCAAAAAGCCACUGUUCACAUUCAUUUUCUCAUUGAAGAACAACACGAUCGGUGC